AUGUUGGACAUUACUGAAAACGGCUAUCUGGACUUGAAUAUGUUAGAUAUAUCCCCAGUUGAUUGCAAAGGCUUGUUUGAUUUCUUAGUUCACGUAAGAGAGCUGAAAAAACUGGAUAUUUCUCAAAAUCAUUUAACUGACCAAGCAGUUCUAGAACUUUGCAAGUUUCUUAGAAAUUCUAUCCUUGGCAAAUUGGAUAUUUCACACAAUUACAUAACAGAUAAAGGUUUAGAAAUGCUUGGUGAUGCAUUAAGUGAAGAGACGUGUGGACUUCACUAUUUAGAAAUAGGAUGGUGUUAUAAAGCAACGUCAAAUGGUUAUAAUAAAUUGUACGAUACUCUAAGAAAAGCUGGUUUCGAUAUUACAACAAUGGCACUAACUGGAAGUAAUAAUAUAGUACAGUACACAAUGCAAAAACCAUUACCAUAUGCAGAUAACUGUUACAAUACGAAGUUUUAG